CCUGCCUACAGCAUCCCGCGCGGUGUGGGCGGAGCGAGCUACCAUGGAGCUGAUCGUCAUGCUGGACUGGGCCAGCCGCGCCGUCAUCCCUGGACAGACGCUGCACCUGCUCAAGACCAUCCUGCUCAAGGUAUCAUACAAGACUAGCGUAGAACAGAACCUGCCUACAGCGUCGCGCGCGGUGUGGGCGGAGCGAGCUACCAUGGAGCUGAUCGUCAUGCUGGACUGGGCCAGCCGCGCCGUCAUCCCUGGACAGACCUUGCACCUGCUCAAGACCAUCCUGCUCAAGUGGGACAUAAAGGUGCAGUACGCGCGGCCGCCGCUGGCCUUAGCGGGUGGCUACGAAGACUGGCUUCUCAAGUAUCCCGCGCUUACCACCAACCCUGCGCCUACGCCGAGACACGCUACCCUCAUGGACGACAUGCUCAGCGACAUUGACUACCCAAGCUGGUCGGACCUGAGCCCGGUGCCGGCGCCGCCCGCCGCGCAGCGGGCCCGGCCCGGGGAACCCGUGGUAGACCGCAGCAGCAAGGCAGCCGCCGUCCAAAUGUACGAAGAACGUUCCCGCAGCAUGCAACUCAUCCUGGAGCAGCAGGAGCGUAUCGCCGACACCUCGCUCACGCUCGAGAUGCAGAGGAUCGAGGCCGAGCAGGACUGGGAGAAAGUCCACGGGCAGCGUGAAAGCGAACAGCGCGACGAACUGCGAGCCAUGUACAAGCUGCGCGAGCAGGAGAUCAUCUCGCAGCUCAUGCAGAUGGAGAACAAGCAAUUUGACAUGGAACAAGAGAACCAGAGCCUCCGCGAGAAGCUUGAGGAGUACCAACGGCGCGAGCGGGACGAGGCCGAGAAACUUGCUGCUACCCUCGCGCGUGGCACGCCCGGCGACGACGCAGAGGAACAAGCGGAGCGCCUGAUCUCCUCGCAAGCUGCAUCAGCGCGCGAGGUAGCAGCCAAGAAGGCGCGCAUCGCGGCCGUGGAGUCGCAGCGCGAGCAGCUCGACCGCCGCCGCGAGCAGCUCGAGCUCGAGCGCAAGCGCAAGCUGGCUGAAGCGCGCGGCAAGCGCAAGCCGCACACGGAUCAGGACGAGGAUGGCGACUCAUACAUGGGAACACCGGACAGUCCCAGCGCUGCGCUCAGCCGAUCACACUCUUCGCCCAACAUCCCCAAGAUGUCGUCGGACGACGAGGAGCAGCCGAUGCCGACGUUCGACCGCAGCACCAAGCCCGCUAAAGUGGCGCCCUCUAGCGAUCUCUACCAGCGCGACUUCCAGCCCGUGUGGGGAGACGUGGGUCGUGGUCUGACGGGCCUGAAGAACCUGGGCAACACGUGCUACAUGAACAGCAUCAUCCAGUGCCUCAACAACACCGCCAUCCUCGUCACGUACUUCUGCAACGGACAGUACCUGGAGCACGUCAACAGGUCACACAGCACGCGAGGCGCGAUCGCAGAGGAGUUGGCAGCGGUGGUCCGCGCGCUGUGGUCCGGACAGUACCGGUUCAUCGCCACCAAGGACCUUAGGAACGAGGUGGGCAAGCACCAACGCGCGUUCCGCGGCUGCGAGCAACAGGACUCGCACGAGUUCCUCACCAUCCUCAUGGACUGGCUGCACCUCGACCUGCAGUUUAGCAUCAACGUGCCCUCGCACAAGGACAGCCUCCCGCCGUCAGAGAAGGCGUGGCACGAGUACACCAAGUCCAAAGAGAGCCUGAUCCUGCGGCUGUUCUACGGACAGAUCCGCUCCACUGUUCGCUGCACCGUCUGCGCCAAGCAGAGUGCCACCUACGAGUCCUUCUCCAACCUGUCGCUGGAGCUGCCUGCCAGCGCGGCCCGCUGCACGCUCGGCGAUUGCCUGAAACUGUACCUGAAUGGCGAGACGAUCCCAGGCUGGAACUGUCCCAACUGCAAGCAGAAGCGGGAUGCCGUCAAAAAGCUGGAUAUCUCGCGACUACCGCCUGUGCUCGUCAUACACUUUAAACGCUUUUACGUCGACCCUAAGGAGUACAUGGUAAACGCGUACCGCAAGAAGCAGACGUACAUCGACUUCCCGCUAGACGAGCUGGACAUGCGGCCAUUUUCUUUACACGGCGGGCAGCAGUACAGCCUGUAUGCCGUGUCCAACCAUUACGGCUCCAUGGAGGGCGGCCACUACACCGCCUACUGCAAGAGCCAGAUCUACGGCAAAUGGUACAAAUACGACGACCACGUAGUAACGGAGAUCCCAUCGAGCGAGGUGAAGUCCAGCGCAGCCUACAUCCUGUUCUACACGACGUGCGGGCCCGCGCGCCACGCUUCAUGAGCGCGCACGCGUCGCACGCGCGUGCCACGCGCGACCCACGCGCGACACCCGCUCGCCCGCAGUGACGUCACACCCACGUGCGAGACACGUGACAGCGAAGUGAAACCGAACCGAUGACUUUACAGUGACGUGUAGAGACAGUGUCGAAUAGUGGUGUGAAUGAUUCAAGUGAUUCAAAUCACUGAUGCGGUGAACGUGAUAGACUCAAAUUAGUGACACACAUUGACUGUCGUACAUUAGAAAGCCUUAAUCCUGGUGAUUGAUGGCAUAUAGAAAUGGUGAAUAGCCUCAUAUAAAUCUCCAAACAAAAAAGAAAUAUUGCAUGGCAAUAACACAAAAAUGGGCAGCGAUUGAUUAGAAUAACAGGAACAUACUGACAGUAGUACUGAUAUAGCAAGUGGUGUGAACAACGGUAUAAUUUAUGAAUUAGGAAUGCGUUAGUUACCACAAUAACUGACAGCCAUUGUGAUCUUCCAAUACAACUCAUCCACUGUUCAUAGCACUAUUACUGUAAAGAAACUAAAUAUCACUCGAGUUGUUCCAUCUCAUCAACCAAAUUAAAGGGAACUGCCCUUUUAAAUGUAUAGUCAUGCAUUUUAAAAGAAAUGAAAGCUUUUUCUAUUGCAAAAAGCUUACAAAUGUGUCAUAGGUGUACAUAAUUGUAUUCUAUGAUAUUUACGUAUGUCACACGCUUGGUCAUCAAUGUUUAUAACACCAAUCUAAUUUACUGGAGACAGUAAUGUGAUAAUUAGUAGUAUAGGUCAGUUAUUACAACCUCAACCGAUUUUGUAUUUGAAUAUGUUAACAUGACCUUAUAGUCUUAUUGGUACAUUUUAUUAUUAAUUUUGAAUUCCCUCAAUCCGCCUGUGGUACUUUAAGUAUUCAGAAGGGAGAAUAUUUAUAAAAUGCCCAAUGAAACCAAGGUUUUUCCGUUAUACUCCUAAUUUAUUUUUUAAUAUGAAGGUAGCUGCAUAUUGACUUUCAUUAAGCAGUGCAGAGAAUGUGAACUUGACAGAAAUGUGAAUAUUAUUAUUAUUAUAUGUAGUACAAUUUGAUGAUUUGCAUCAAAUCAAAUGCAUGUCUGUUUACCCACGAAGACGUAUUUGCAUCAAUGUCAGCUAUCAGAUUUUACCAUAAUUCAGUAUUUCACAAAUAUUUUUGCCUGUUUUUUGUCACAUCCCUUCAAACAAAAUUACGGCUUAGAACUUAAAAUUUGUUGUGAUUAUUAUUACACCAUAUUCGCAAAUAAUUUAGUUGUUAAUUUAUUUAAAUAAGAAAUUUUGUUGUUUUCACUUAUAUUAAAUAUUUGACAGUCGGUCAGAUUAAUGUAUUUCUCGAAAUGUAAUUACAAUGUUAUAUUUAUUUCACUCCCCUUAAAAUGUGUUAUAUUUAUUGUUAUUUUUUUCAUAAUUUAGAUAACAAAAUACUAUUCUAAGGUACCUAUUAGUUUUGAAUCAGUUUCAAAUAUUUUAAUAUUUGUAAUUAUAAAUAAAUAGCCCCUUAUAAAGUAAAACAACAAAAAAUAUCCAACUCAAAAGCUAUCAAUUGAAAUUAAUCAGUGAAAUAAAAAUGCUUACUGAAGAACUACUACAUCUUUUGAUCCAUAUGACAGGCAAAGUGAAUGUUGAAACAAUUCUACAAGAAUUUAACAAUAUUUGUCUACAUUAUAGUUGCUUAAUUUACUUUGAGAUUGUACAUUGUGAAAUCAAAGACUGAAUAAUGUUUGAAUUUGAUCCAGCACCAGCAGUCGCGGCGAACAGUUACAUUCUUUGUAAAUACCUAGUUCAUUGUACGAGAGGUAUUCUUUGAAUUGUCAUUAACGUAAUUGUAAUUAUCGUUAUUGACAAAGUAAUAUAAUAUAAAAUAUUAUUAGUGCCAGUUGUACAUAACAGUGUAUUUAAGGCUAGCCAGACAGCAGAGCCACAUUAAAUCUAAUUGAAAGAUAUUAUCUGAAAUCACAAAAACUGUGUAACCAAGGAAUAAGAAAGAUUCAGGCAAAUAAAAGUUACACGUAACUUUUACACCCGCUGUUAGCAAUUUUGGACGUCAUAAUGCUUCAUGGAGCAAUGGAGACUGACUCCCGUAUUCACAAACAUUACUAUGAAGUCUCACAGUGCGCGUGGACGCUCAGGGUGACACAAACCUAUCACAGAGCUCUAUUCAAUGCUGUGCGUUUGAUUUUCUGCUUCACUUGAGUAAGCAUCGUUUGUGAAAACGGGCGUGAGUCUUUUGGAUGUUUUAUGUGUGAUGUUUGGGUUGCUGAUCAUUGCAGCUAGCUUACAAAAAGUCGUUAUAUAAAUAUAUUCAAAGUAGAAUCAAGCUAAUGUUACUGCAGAAAUAAUACGAUCAAGUUUCUACGUAGAAUUAAUCCAUUUCCACAGAUUUCAACUUGCGUGAUAUCUACCUGAAGUGAGGCAAUAGUAUUUUUACACUAUUUUUUUAAAGAGAUUGGGGCUAUAUUUUAAUAUUUCGAAGUUGAUCGAAUCACAGUGCCUAAGAAAAUUAUAUUAGGACUUCGUACGCAAAGCUAGCUUGCCGUGCCAUUGUAUUAACGUAGCGCGUUUAGUUUCCAACAAAGGACGGAUUUUUUUCAUUGAAUUGACUGUUGUAUGGUAACCUUGUAUAUAACAUACAUUAAUGGUUUAUUAUAAAUCUAAAUGUAAGACAAACUUUAUUAAAUUCUUUGUUAAUAUAA